GAGAAAAAAUAAAAGAAAAAUAUGCCAUCGUCCGCAGGCAGAAGUCUUCAAGGUCCAAGGCCUCACCCUCUCAAAGUUUCAAAGGACUCAUGGAAGGCCGGCAGGCCGCCUGUUUUGAUAGCCGGCGGCAGCGGCACUCGAGAUUCUUCAGGCGGCAGCCGACAGUCCCCGAUGAUCGUUUACCUCCACUCUCCCAAGGUGAUCCACGCAAAGCCCCAGGAGUUCAUGAGCGUGGUGCAGAAGUUGACCGGAAAAGACGCCAACGAAGUCGAUACUACUCCGGAGAGCGGCGGCGCAUCUGGAUUGGACUUGGAGAAGGAGAUGGAGGGGAAGAGGGAUUCGGUAGAAGAAGAUCCUUUGCUUCUCACUUUAGGACAGAGUCCCUCUGCUUCGACUUGGAUUUCCAGUUCUUCUUCGAUGAUCUCGCCUGGCUUGUUCUUAUCUUCACCAAAUUUGAAUUCUUGCUUACAGGAGUUUGGUUCUUUGUUUUAAAUGAGAGUUUUUUGGUUUCCUUCCGUUAAUAUGGAUGCAUGAGAGGAAGAGUUUUAGCCGAUUUGUGUUAUUGUAGCAAGUAAAACUUGCAGCUUUUACAAAGUGUAUUAGCAACUCAUGAUUU